AAGUGAGACUAAAAAGUUUAGUUUUGGUCAAAAGGCAGUGCGUUUCAUCCUGCACCCAAAGCAGUGGGGCUCGUAGGAUGAGGGAGAGGAUGCUGCUCUGCUCUCCCGGCUGAAGCCUUGUGUCCAGUUCUGGAGUCCCCAACAGCACAUACUGCUCCACCAUGGUGCAGCACUGCGAGGCGCUGGGCCGCGCUGUGCAGGUGGUCAACCUGGACCCGGCAGCGGAGCUCUUCAGCUACCCAGUGAUGGCAGACAUCCGUGAGUUGAUAGAAGUGGACGACGUCAUGGAAGAUGAAUCCUUAAGGUUUGGUCCCAAUGGCGGCUUGGUGUUUUGCAUGGAAUACUUUGCCAAUAACUUUAACUGGCUAGAGGAAAGCCUUGGGCAUGUGGAAGAUGACUAUAUAUUGUUUGAUUGCCCAGGUCAGAUAGAACUCUACACGCAUCUGCCGGUGAUGAAACAGCUGGUAGAACAGCUUCAGCAGUGGGAAUUCCGUGUCUGUGGAGUGUUUCUUGUGGAUUCUCAGUUUAUGGUGGAAUCUUUUAAGUUUAUCUCUGGAAUUCUGGCAGCACUCAGUGCAAUGAUAUCUUUAGAGAUUCCACAGAUUAACAUCAUGACCAAAAUGGAUUUGCUGAGCAAGAAAGCCAAGAAGGAAAUAGAGAGGUACUUGGAUCCAGAUAUGUAUUCUAUGAUUGAAGAUUCUACAAAUAUAUUGAAAAGCAAGAUGUUUAAAAAGCUGACUAAAUCUAUAUGUGGAUUGAUUGAUGACUACGGAAUGGUUCGAUUUCUACCUUUUGAUCGCUCUGAUGAGGAAAGUAUAAACAUAGUUCUGCAGCACAUAGACUUUACCAUUCAGUAUGGAGAAGAUCUCGAAUUUAAAGAACCAAGGGAAUGUGAAGAAGAUAAAUCUGCUCUUGUGGAUGAAUACUUUCAGGAUCAUGUGGAUGAGUAAAAAAUGGAUGUUCUAGAAUGGGAGGAAAACACCUUGCUUGUCUUAAAAAAUAAAAAUAAAAAAAAAUCCACCCCUACACAAACAUACCUGAUGUUUUAUCUGUAAAAUAACUAAUAUUUAUAGUGCAGAAUAAGCUAUAUGACCCCAUAACUAUUUUAAUAAACAAUUUUUAAUUCUUA